AAAAGUUUAAAGUUGAAGAAUCCAAGAUGGCUGCGCCCUGUUGUUCCGGGUUGCCGAGUCGUCCAACUGGAUGGACCGGGAUGCCGCCAGACUAGCUGACAGAUCCACAAUAGCACAGGGCGCCACUAGAACAUUAGGUUUCUCUUACUUAGCUUGCCAAAGAAGAAAGUCCAAUGGUACUGAGUGCUGAGCUGUGAGAAAGCCUCCAAACGUGCAGCAAGAAAUUCUACGAGUUGGAACAGAGAAGGCAAAGUACUUCUUAAAAUCCACAUCCACGUCUAACCAUUCCUUGACCAAUAAUAUAGAUAAGUCAACAUGGAAGAAGUGAGUAUUGAAGAUGAAGUAGAAGUGCGGAGAGGGUCAUUUGAACCCGACCACGGACGAAAGAGAACUCCUUCGGGCAAUGUCAGACAUUCCAGGGACCGGAGCUACUCCGAGAGCGAGAGAUAUCCCACCGCAAACAGUAGCUUACCUCACCGGUCAAGUUUUACAGAAGACUCAGCUGAUGGCGCUGUGGCGGGUGAUUCAUUUGACUCUGUGUCACAAAGUUACAGCCACUCGGAAAUGUUCCACCAAUCGCACGACCCAAAACACUUAACCAUUAACGAGCAGGAGCUGAUUAAGAUCACACAGAUGCAAGUAGAGUCCAAAGACACUCCGCCGGAAAACAAGGGACUCCUCGAAAAGGGUGCAAUCAUCUUCCUCUUCCUUUGGUACUUCUUCAGCUUCUGUACGUUAAUCUUAAACAAGUACAUUCUUUCGGAGAUGGACCUGAACGCACAGUUCCUGGGCGCGUGGCAGAUCCUCUGUACGACGGUGUUCGGUUUCAUCCAGCUGAGAUUGCCGUGCGGACAGACCGGGAUUGGUCGUGUGCCGGGACGGAAGUCUGCACCUCCAAACUUCCUCUUCAACAUGACCAUAGGUGGAGUUCUCAGAUUUGGGACCACAAUUCUUGCCCUCUUAGCACUUAAAAACGUUGCUGCUUCGUUUGUGGAAACGAUCAAGAGCACGGCGCCGAUGUUCACCGUUCUCAUCACGUGGAUGAUGCUUCGUGAGAAGACAGGAUUCUGGGUCUCGCUGUCGCUCAUCCCCAUCAUGGGGGGUCUGGCGCUUUGUUCGUCCAGCGAGCUGAGUUUUAACACGAUCGGAUUCAUGGCGGCCAUUUCUACCAACAUUGUGGAAUGCUUUCAAAAUGUUUUCUCCAAGAAGCUGCUAAGCAAUGACAAACACAAGUAUUCACCCUUGGAGCUACAGUUCUACAUGAGCAGUGCUGCUCUCAUCCUCCUGGUGCCUGCCUGGUUCUUUGUUGAUCUUCCCCUAAAGCAGCUGUACAUCGGGAGGGGGAGGAGGAGACAUCUGGACAGACACAUCCUCAUGGCGCUGCUCUUCGAUGGCGUCUCCUUCCACCUGCAGAGUGUCACCGCUUACGCACUGAUGCAGAGGAUAUCACCUGUCACACACAGCGUGGCAAACACAGCAAAGCGUGCGCUGCUGAUCUGGCUGAGCGUGCUGGUGUUUGGGAACACGAUCACGGUGCUGAGUGGCCUCGGCAGCAUGGUCGUGCUCGCGGGGGUGGUUCUGUACCAGCGGGCCUGCAACGCAGAGAAACGGAGAAGGGCGGAGGAGACACAGGCGGCAAAGAGCCAAUCAGAGGCCUGAUUCUUUCUGCUUUGAAGACUUAAAACAUUCUGUUCUUUAUAGGCUUUUAGCUAGGAUUUCAUUAUAGAGGGUCCAAAUUUCUUGGUGAGUCGCUGUAAGUGAUGUAGGCAAGACUAUUGUAGGGGAUCCGGGGACAUCCAGCUUCCAUGUUGCAGAGUUUUAGAGCAUUUUAUAUUGAAAUGGUGCAUUCUAAUGUAUGCUGAGGGGCAAGUUUACUGCCAUAGAGGUCACUGUAGAAGACUGUGACCACAGAUGGCCUUGUGACAUCCCUGGUCAAUCAGAAUUUCUGAGGGUCGUAAAUUUGAAAAUUUUCAGGGGUAGGAUGAUACUCAUGCCUACACUGCUUGCCAUGUAGCUUCACUGUGCUGAAAUGAC